GGCUUCUCAAAAACCUUCGCGCCUUUUGAGAGGUUUGCUGCGUCUUCGGGGAAGGCUCAGAAGACUUCUCAGAAGGCGGGGGUACGUCCGAGCCUUCUGGGAAGGCCCGCCCCUUCCCACUUCCCCCCCCCCCCCGGGCGCGCCGCUCAGAGAGGCUCCUCCGUGCGAGAAGGCGGGCUGCUCUUACGACAGCCGCUCUCACGACAGCGCGAGUCGUUCUCAUGAUGCGUUUUGGCGGCGAUGGCCCAGCAGGUUCUCCUCGGAGCUGUCCGCCGCGCUGCCCGCCACGGACGGCCCCGAGAGGCUCGCGGCCCGCGCGGUGGAAGACCCCGAGGCCUCCGCCGACGAGGGCACUCUGUGGCGGGAGGCCUUCGAGCUCCUGGUCGAGGGCUGGGGCCCGAAGCACGCGCGGGCCCGCGACGCGCUCGCGGCCCUGCGCGACGCGGAGGCGCGGGCCGAGGAGCGGCGCGGCCGGGCGGUGGCGGCCUGGCGGGGCCGAGUGCUGGAUCAGAAUGUCGCGGGCGGACGGUGGGGCGCAUCCGCCCGAGCAGCUGGACGCCGCGCUGGUGCAGCUGCAGGGGGCUGGGGCGGUGGCGUCCCGCAGCCUGGGCCUGCUGGAGCGGCUGACGCUGGAGGCGGAGGACCUGCAGGUGGAGCUGCGGCGGCUGGAGGACGAGCACGCCCGCAGCCCCGGGGCGGCCCGCUUCGCCAGCCGCGAGGCGUCGAGGCAGGUGGCGGAGGAGUUGUCGCGCCGCUUCGGGCAGAUCCGGGGCUGCUUCAUGCCCGCCAUGGUGCCCGGCGCGAUGGAGGGGGUCGGGCGGUUCCGCGACGCGAUCGGCAACCUGAAUCCGUUCUGCUGAUACGGGCUCGUCCCGUCCUCCUCCUCCUCCUCCUUCUCCUCCUCCUCGCCUUGCCGCUGAGUGGCGCGGCGCGCUCUGGCGCCGCGUAGGUGGGCUGCUGACGGAGAGACAGCGGCCAGCUCAGAGACGUGGGAUCUUCCUUCUCCUCGCCUUCCCAGGCCUGGGUCGUUUGCUUAACCGCUCCGCUGAUCCUCGUCCGUGCCGCUUCGCCAUCCUGGCCUCCACCCUCCCUCCUUCCACUGCCGCUCGGCGGAGUGCGAGCGUACCCGCUGGCCCCACGCCGCGCGCGCACCGUGCCACUGUCCCCAUCCAUCGUCACUCCGCUGAGGCAGGUCCGCUCGGAGAAACACAUCUACUCGGGGCAUGGAUGGGGUAGUGCAAUGGGCACACCAACCAGCCUGCCAGCGCGUGCACCACGAUGAUUUG